AUGACAAUAACCGUCAUUCUAGGCGCCCAAUGGGGAGAUGAGGGCAAAGGAAAGCUGACUGACAUCCUUACUACGGAUGCACAACUUUGCGCCCGAGCUGCUGGCGGCCACAACGCCGGCCACAGCAUAGUCGCCAAUGGAAAGUCGUAUAGCUUCCACUUGCUUCCCUCUGGCCUCAUGAACCCAAAAUGCAUAAACUUUAUCGGCUCUGGAGUUGUCUUCCACGUACCAAGCUUCUUCAAGGAGCUACAGGAGCUCGAGGAGAAGGGCCUCCCCUCGGUCCACGAUCGAAUUCUCGUUUCCGACCGAGUGCACAUCGAUUUGCAAAUGCACGUGGCAGUUGAUGGGCUAGAAGAGAGGGAGCUCGGAGAAAAAAGUCUGGGAACAACACGUAGGGGAAUUGGGCCCGCCUAUAGCUCGAAAGCCGCGCGAAGUGGCAUCAGAUUAGCCGAGGUUUUCAACCCCAAGUUGUUCGAGACUAAGCUGCGGCAGUUAGCCGCUGGCUAUCAAAAGCGCUACGGAGACCUGUUCGAGUACGACGUCGAGGAGGAGCUCGCUCGAUUUAAUGAAUACCGGCCAAAGUUGGCCAAGUACGCCGUGGACGGUGUCUCGUUUAUCCGCUCAGCCCAAGAGAGUAACAUGAACAUUGUGGUUGAAGGAGCGAAUGCACUGAUGCUGGACAUUGAAUACGGAUCGUACCCAUAUGUGACGUCGUCGAAUACGACGCUGGCUGGUAUUAUAGGCGGGCUCGCCUUGAACCCGAAGAACAUCACAGAGACGAUCGGAGUGGUAAAGGCUUACACCACUCGCGUCGGGCAUGGAGCUUUCAAGACGGAAGAUACUGGAGAGAUUGGGACCAAACUCCAGGAGCUCGGCCGAGAAUGGGGAACAUCGACUGGCCGAAGACGCAGAUGCGGAUGGCUUGACCUGGUCGUUGUCAAGUAUAGUGCUUCGAUUAACUACUACUCGGCUUUAAAUCUUACAAAGCUUGAUGUCCUGGAUACGUUUGAAGCGAUCAAGAUUGCUAUUGCCUACAAAGUAGACGGCGAGGAACUGGACUCGUACCCCGCGGAUCUCGACGUCCUAGACCGAGCCGAGGUCAUCUACCACGAGAUGCCGGGAUGGCAGAAGCCAACGACGGAUGCAAAAUCGUUUUACGACCUUCCUCUCCAAGCUAGAGACUAUGUAGAGUAUAUCGAGAAGUUUGUGGGAGUAAAGAUCAAAUACAUUGGCACGGGACCCAGCCGCGAGGCCAUGAUCAAGCGUGCUUGA